AUGUUUCGAGGAUUAGUUUGUUUGUUUGUUGUUUCAGUGGCAUCUGCCCAAUUUUUUGGAUCAACAAGUCCAUAUGGAUCGAAUCCAAAUACUGGUUUCAAUUCCAUAUUUGGUGGUGGAUUCUCUAAUCCAUCGCUAGCUUAUGGUACCUCGCCUGGAUUAAAUGGAUUUGGAUUAAAUACCGCUAAUCUGGGUUUAAAUACAGCUGGAUUAUCUUCAAGUGGUUUAUAUGGUACCAAUGGUUUAUACGGUUCAAAUAUUGCCACUUCAGGAGUAGGUUAUGGCAGUGCUGCUACAGAUGGAAGAAUUUAUACCACAGAAACAUGCAAUAUCUUAUUUGGUUCCAACUCAGUUUUAACUUUCUGUUCCAGAUUCCGGCAAGCUUGUGGCGAGAUAUUAUUUAAUAGUUCAGUAGCAUCUAAUACAGUUCGAGUGUGUGGAGGAU